GGAGGAGGUGAGGGCGGGGACGGACGCACAGACACAGCCUCAGACACAGAUCCACGGACUCCCACCCCCCGCACGGCACCUUAAGUGUCCCCAACUUUAGGCCACCUGAGCCCAGGGCGCCGCCGAGGCCAGGGCUGGGGCUGGGGGGAGAGUUAUGGGAGUAGACAGAGAGAGAUAAAAACAGGGGAGAAGAAAGCGUGAAGGGAGCGGAAAGGGGAGAAGAGAAAAGGAAUAGAGAGAAAGGAAAAGCAGGAGAGGGAAGAGAGUUUCCGAGCGUCCAGGAGAGUGAAAGAGCCCGAAGGAGCGGAAGCUAUCCAAGGGGGAAGAGGAGCGCAGAGAGGGAGGGGAGAGGAAGGGCGAGGAGGGGGAGUGAAAACUAGAGGAGCGCGAAGGAAGCGAGGCGCGACACUGCUCGGGGACAGGAGGGCAGUGAGGAGCGAGGCGCGGGCAGAGGCUGCUCGGGCUGCCGAAAGAGGAGGGAGAGCGGCGCUGAGAGGAGGGGCUUGCGGGCCCGUAGAAAUGUCAAUCAGAGCCCGGAGCCCCGGGAAUCUCCGCCAAUCUGUUCGGACCUGACCUGGCUCCUCGCCGCCGCCGCCGCCGCCACCGCCACCGCCGCCGCCGCCGCCGCCGCCGCCGCCGCGGAGCAGAUCAAUAGGCGAACGCGGAGCGCAGCGCAGCGCGGGAGGCAGCGCGGCCCCAGCCCGGCCCAGCCCCCGAUGCGCGCCGGAGCCCGCGGGCGGCGCUGAGCAGGGCGGCCCCGGGGGCCGGGCCCCCCUCUCCGUCCGUGCCCCGCGGGCCACCAUGUCCUUCCCCCAGCUCGGAUACCAGUACAUCCGCCCGCUCUACCCACCCGAGCGCCCGGGGGCCGCCAGCGGCGGCGGCAGCGCCGGGGCCCGGGGCGGCCCAGGAGCCGGGGCCUCGGAGCUGGCCGCCUCGGGGUCCCUGUCCAACGUGCUCUCCUCCGUGUACGGGGCGCCCUAUGCCGCGGCGGCAGCGGCUGCCGCAGCCGCCCAAGGCUACGGUGCCUUUCUGCCCUACGCCGCCGAGCUGCCCAUCUUCCCGCAGCUGGGCGCGCAGUACGAGCUGAAAGACAGCCCGGGGGUGCAGCAUCCGGCCGCGGCCGCCGCGUUUCCGCACCCGCACCCCGCCUUCUACCCGUAUGGCCAGUACCAGUUCGGGGACCCGUCCCGUCCCAAGAACGCCACCCGGGAGAGCACUAGCACGCUCAAGGCCUGGCUCAACGAGCACCGCAAGAACCCCUACCCCACCAAGGGCGAGAAGAUCAUGCUGGCCAUCAUCACCAAGAUGACCCUCACCCAGGUGUCCACCUGGUUCGCCAACGCGCGCCGGCGCCUCAAGAAGGAGAACAAAAUGACUUGGGCGCCCCGCAGCCGCACGGACGAGGAGGGCAACGCUUACGGGAGUGAGCGCGAGGAGGAAGACGAGGAGGAGGACGAAGAAGACAGCAAACGCGAGCUGGAGCUGGAGGAGGAGGAGCUCGUGGGGGAGGAGGAGGACACGGGGGGCGAGGGCCUGGCGGACGACGACGAGGACGAGGAGAUCGAUUUGGAGAACUUAGACGGCGCGGCCGCGGGGCCUGAGCUCGCCUUGGCUGGGGCGGCGCACAGGAACGGCGACCUCGGCCUGAGACCCAUUUCAGACUCCAAGAACAGCGACUCGGACGACAGCUCGGAGGGCCUGGAGGAGCGUCCACUGCCGGUGUUGAGUCUGGCCCCAGCGCCACCGCCGGUGGCCGCGGUUCCGCCGUCUCCGCCCUCGCCUCCUGCGGGCCUGGACCCCUGCGCUCCGGCGCCAGCGCCCGCCUCAGCCCUGCAGAAGCCCAAGAUCUGGUCCCUGGCCGAGACGGCCACAAGCCCGGACAACCCGCGCCGCUCGCCUCCGGGCGCGGGGGGUUCUCCCCCCGGGGCCGCCGUCGCGCCCCCAGCCCUGCAGCUCUCUCCAGCCGCCGCGGCCGCCGCGGCUCACAGACUCGUCUCCGCGCCUCUGAGCAAGUUCCCGGCUUGGACCAACCGGCCAUUCCCAGGCCCGCCGCCGGGCCCACGCCCGCACCCGCUCUCCCUGCUCGGCUCGGCCCCUCCACACCUGCUGGGACUUCCAGGAGCCGCGGGCCACCCGGCCGCCGCCGCUGCUGCCUUCGCUCGGCCAGCGGAGCCCGAAGGCGGAACAGAUCGCUGUAGUGCCUUGGAAGUGGAGAAAAAGUUACUCAAGACAGCUUUCCAGCCCGUGCCCAGGCGUUAAACCGGAAGCCCAACGUCUACAGCGGGACAGCAUCUGACACUGAGACACCUCCCAGCCCCCCAGCCUCAGCCCCAGGUCGGGUCUCCCGGUCCUGGGCAGCGUCGGUGCCCCGAGCUCUUAUUUCCCUUUGCUACUACCAUUGCUUCUCUCUUCCAGGCCCCAGAACCACCUGGAUGCCGCUCUGGUCCUCUCGGCUCUCUCCUCGUCUUAGUACUUAUUUUUAAAAAUUUUAAAUCGUUGUAAUAAUUGUAAAAAAAAAAAAUCGCUCUGUAUAGUUAUGACUUGUAAGCAUGUCCGUGUAUGAAUACCUAAAAAAGAAAACUAAAUACCAACAAAAAAAGAAAUAAAGCAAGUCCCCCUCAGUCCUCCCCAAGUGGCUUCUGUACCCCACAUUAGCUGAGUUUGUGAGGGGUUUUUUUUGGGGUUUUUUUGGUUCAGUUGAUUUGGGGGGUGGAGUUUCCGUGAGAAAAAGCGUGUCUGACUUUUUUUGUAUAUACAGAAAAAUGUACAUAUGUGUGAACCAAAUUGUACAAGAAAGUAUCUAUUUUUGGCUAAAUAAAUGAGCUGUUGCCACUUUGA